AUGGCGAUGAAGGUGUCUGAGUGGCCUGUUUUAGCCGCAUCUGUGAGAAAAUCAGAACCACCCCAUGAACGCGCAUUAGAUCUCCAAUAUAACGCAAGCGCACUGUUGAGACAUCUAGAAAACCCUCCUGGUCGCUCCUGGUGGCAGGGACACGAAGCCCUCGACGCGGAAAUCAAGGCGCUAUAUCGUAGGAGAUACGCCAUCAGUCGCUUCAACGUGGUCAGGAUUGAUAGGUGUCCUCUCUCAGAGCUGAUAGAGGAGGCUCAGAUUAUCGUUAAACUCGGUGACACAGAUGGUGUAGCCAGAUUUUGCAGAAUGAUCUCCAGAAAUAUCUUCGCAAAGGCCGAGAAACUGGCCGCUGCAAAAUUCGUCGCGGUGCGGCAACUCAAGUCACGUCAUUUGAGCCUCAACAUCCACUCUGCAGCAGAGACCGCCCGCCAGCACCCUGCGCAGGCCCGCAGGCUCUGGAAGAACACGGACAUCCGCACUCUAACCUGGAACAUAGUGUUUCACAGCAUGCAGGUCAGAUCAAUCGACCUCACUCGGCCAGAGGUGAUUAUCAAGGCCCUGCUGACAACCUACAAUGCUAAUCUUGACCUCUGGCUUGGACCAUGUAUAACUACCUGGGAGCGCGCAGGGCGGCAGAUCACGAUGGACCUGGUAUUUGACACCUCCGAUCUUAUGAGCCGCAUGAUUGUCUGUGAGACAGUACCCGCAGUGCACACCGAUUCCAACCACCUUCUGAUUGGCACAAUCAUCAACCUAGAUACACCGUUAGCGAGGCCGAAGCCGAGGAGGAAUUGGAAAGCUGUGGAUACGAAAAAGAUGCGGGAAUUCGUGAACUAA